AUGGAAGAAGUUGGACAGGACCCAUUGGAUGAUGUGCACGAGAUGAUGGAAAUACCGAAACUAAAAGUCAUAAAACAGAACCUCAACUACCUGAACUCAGGCCUUGAAAAGGACCUGCAGAGACUGGAUGAGGCAAAGCAGGUUCUUCUCAAAAAAAUUCAAGAGAAAGAAGAAAUCAUUCAAAGUCUGGAAAGAGAGAUUACCCUGUCAGUAGGACAAGCCAGAGAGAGGGAGGAGCUGAACCACAUCAUAUCUGAGAAGGAGGAAACCCUGCGGGAUCUGGAAUUAGAAACAACAAAGCUGGAAAAAAAUAAGGAGAUUCUAAGCAGGAACGUGGUAGAGCUGCAGAAGAAGAUUUCAAAGAGAUUUAAGAAUGUUGGCCUUGAUAAAGAAGCCCUAAAGCAGAUGCUGGCAGAAUCGAAGGUGAGACUACAAAAGUCAACAGAAUCCUGUGCAAAUCAAGAGAAGGAACUGGUCAAGAUAGAGAGUGACUACCAAUCUGUGUAUCAGCUCUGUGAGGACCAGGCCCACUACAUAAAGAAAUACCAGGAAAUUCUGAGGCAGAUGGAAAAGGAAAAGGAGGUGCUGCUUCUUGAAAAAGAAGUGUUCAAAGCCCAGAACAACUCCUCCCAAAUAGUGAAACCGGGGUCAGUUCUGGUGGAGACCAUCCAAAGCAACAUGGAGAAGACCAUCAUUAAGAAACAGAAGAGAAUCUUUUGGUACAGCAGGCAUUUCAGGUAUCUUGUCUUCAUGGUCAUGAUCUUCAUUAGGCUGCUGGGUUAUGUGCUUUUCUACCUGCAGUACAUAAACCCAGACCUCCUUGUGGAUGCUCUGCCCAUGGAAAUGAGCAGAGACACCUUGAAGAGGCUGAGGGACAUCUUAUUUCCCUUCCUCACUCUAGAGGUAGAAGAAGUUCUACCACAUUAG